AUGCCUUACCCUACAUCUCUCAGCGGCCUCAACACCCGCGAGCAAAUCAUCGAUCUCGUCCUCCGCUGCACUCUUGCCUUCGAUGAGUACGACCAAGCCCUCUUCGACACCUGCUGGCCAACCGAAGAGCCCGAGAAAGUCGUCGUCACAAUCGCCGGCACCACGUACAACGGCGUGGAAGAGUUCAAUAAAUGUUUCCACGGCGUCGGCCCCAUGGACACGCAGCACAACGUGAGCAACUUCCGCAUCGAAGUCGACGAAGCCGGUAGCACAGCCAAGGUCUACUGCCAGGCAUUGGCUCAGCAUUUCCGCCCUGGCGAGGGCAUGACACCAGGUGCACCGCACUUUUUGGCCGCUGGCGUUUAUGAUAUCGAAGCCAUCAAGGAGAAGGAUGGUCAGUGGAAGAUCAAGAGCUGGGUUCUUCGUGUGCGCUGGUCUCAGGGUGACUUUUCGAUCAUGCCUGGCCAGUCAUAA